UAAAACUUGGACGACUAUUUGGCUGACUGCAGCACAAUAAAGAACACAGCACUGUCGACCAAUUACUAUAUUACCCCUCAGGAGAAACAUGGAUGGUCGGCUCAUCACGUGACAAAGCAUCAAGACGAGAUGCCACAGCAUUAUUUUCAUCCAUGGGAAAAUUGAACUCCAAAGCGAAGUUCAAUCCUUCUAAUUCCCCGGAUGAUAGUCAAUCCCCGAACGGCAUUGAAGCGUCCGCCCACAGGGAAAUGAAAGUUAUGGUAUUUUACUCAGGCAUUCUCGAGAAACAUUCUUCGAAAUCUUCGGGUGCCAUAUGGUACAGUGCAGUACGAGUGGAGUCAGGGUGCAAAGUACGAGGUAAGACUCAGGUAGGGAGGGUCGGGAGUUUGAGUUUUCGAGGGAUUUGAAACGUGCAGUUUCCGUUGAAAAGCCCCUUUCCAGCCCACGAUUGUCCAAAAAGACCACUGAAAUAUGCCCUAUGGUCUGAUGGAUGAACGAAUUCCAGGGCGAAAGAUUCCUUCGCGGAGCGCUGCGCCUAUAUUAGGUACUAACUACUCCAUCGUUGAUUAGCAUACCCUCCUG